AUGGUGACAGACAACACCACCAACGGUACAGAUGGAAUGCACAGCUGUCCCUCCAUAGAUGACUUCCGCAACCAGGUUUAUUCCACGGUUUAUUCCAUCAUCACCGUCUUUGGUCUGGUCGGGAACGGCUUCGCGCUCUACGUACUGAUCCGAACCUUCCGCCAGAGAUCGGCCUUCCACAUAUACAUGUUGAAUCUGGCCCUGUCAGACCUGCUGUGUGUUAGCACCCUGCCGCUGCGCGUGCUCUACUACGUGAACAAGGGCCAGUGGAAUUACGGCGACUUCCUUUGCCGCGUGAGCUCCUGGGCUCUCUACGUCAACCUCUACUGCAGCGUCUUCUUCAUGAUGGCCAUGAGCUUCACUCGUUUCCUGGCCAUCGUCUUCCCCGUGCAGAACCUGAAGCUGGCGACGGAGCGAAGGGCGCGUCUGGUCUGUGUGUGCAUCUGGAUCUUCAUCUGCACCACCAGCUCACCCUUCCUCUUCUCCGGCGCGCACGUAGACAGCGCCACCAACAAGACCAAGUGUUUUGAGCCUCCUGGGAAGGUGGAGAGUCUGAGCAAGCUGCUCAUAUUCAACUACUUCUCUCUGGUGGUGGGCUUCGUCAUCCCCUUCACCGUCAUCCUGGUGUGCUACGCCGGCAUAGUCCGCGCACUGCUGCGCAAUGCUAACAGCAGGAACACGCGGAACACGCGCACCAAGGCCAUCCGCAUGAUUGUGGUGGUGAUGCUGGCCUUCCUGGUCAGCUUCAUGCCCUACCACAUUCAGCGCACACUGCACCUUCACUUCUUGAGCCGUCAGGAGACCAACUGCGAGGAGAUCAUUUAUAUGCAGAAGUCUGUGGUGGUCACUCUGUGCCUGGCCGCUGCCAAUUCAUGCUUUGACCCCAUGCUCUACUUCUUUUCUGGGGAGAACUUCCGGCACCGCCUGUCCACAUUCCGCAGAGCCUCUAUGAACAUCAGCAGUGGUCCCCGCAGGCCGCCUGCACCCGGCACCGUGCCCAUCGAGGAGAGUGAGCUUCAGCACUGCAAUGGGCCCAGUAAAGUGGGCUAG